AUGUCAAGCCCAACCUCCCCCUCCACCCAUAACAAGCGUUCCCCUCCUGACCAGAUGGAGGUUGACGGUAGUAGUGCUCGCAACAAUGGCACCACUGUUGACGAUUCAUCAUCGGUCGCCGCGCCUCGAAAACGCAAAAGAAAUGCGGAUAAUGGUGACCCACGUCGACUAAGAAGGUCUCAUGAGGCUUGUUCUCGGUGUAGAGCGAAGAAGAUCAAGUGCGACUCGAAACAUCCACGAUGCACCGCGUGUGCGAACUCUGGAGUUGUUUGUGCUCAAGAAGACCGCCAUAGAAAUACUCUUACUCCCAGAGGACACCUCGAAAGGGUAGAAUUCCAACUGGCUCAGUCCAUAAUCCUCAUUCGACAUCUCACUGGCCGCAUUCAUUUUGACCUCAUUGACCUCGACUCUUGUCUUGUGGAUGCCGGACUUGACCCAAACCCGCCACCGUUGAAUAGUUUCACCUAUGAACCUCUUGCCAAUAUCUACACAACAGCAUUUCCUCCGCCCGAAUACUACUCCCACAUCAACAAUCGCGCUCCUGAUCCAGAACCGGAAGAGCCGACACCAGCCCCUACCCCUCGUGCCACCUAUGCAGCCCCAGCAACCGACCAUGUCAAGGGUCAAGACCCAAAUAGCAAUGACCUCUCGUCCACACACGCACUUGCAAAGAAUUUUGGCGUGUCUCCUGACAUUGUAUCUGCUAUUGCCGCCAGCCAAGUAGACAAAGAAGAUUUGGCUGUCGGUUCAUCAGGGCUCACCUCUGGUCGCGACAGGUCAAUCCAUGAGGCAGCCACCCCGCGCGAUCCAGCACAUUGGGUAACGGUCACAGUCCGUCGCGGUCUGAACGCAUUCGCAAACCCUCCCCAUAUUGCCACAGUCAUCCCAGAUCUGAGUGGCGCGAUGGAUAUAUGGCUUCCUAAAGAUCGUGCUAUGGUUAAUGCUAUUGUUGAGGUCUACUUCACUCGUCUCAACAUCCACCGCCCCGUCUUUUCGCGCCUAGACUUUUUCAAGUCCUUGGAUGAACUUUAUGGUAGCCAAAUAUCUGGGUCUGGAGAGAAUGCCUGUCCACAUGACCCUGGUUUUCUGUGCAGCUUCUAUCUUGUCCUCGCCUUAGGGACACUUAGCGACCUUAACAACCGUUCUGUGCUUCACCAAAUGGAUUAUCCUCCGUCCCAACAACUCCUUGUAAAAAAACUUAUGCCGGCAGACUGGCCAGAGCACGACGAAUUCUUCGAACGUGCCCUCAGUGUGAAACCUGAUUUGCGAGUCACAAUGUCAAGUUUACAAGCCCUGAUACUGCUGCACUGGUAUCUUUACACCGAACGUCAAGGACGUACUCUCUGGCGCCUCGUGGGUAGUCUCGUCAGGCUUUCUGUUGAGUUGGGUCUACAUCAUGAUCCGACAUCUCAGCUCAAUGCCGUGAAACAACGGGUGUUCACUGACGAGGAGGCUCUUCUUCGUAUCAACCUCUGGGGCAUCAUACUCAUCCAUGAUCGAGGGACGUCCAUUCUAUUAGGUCGACCUCUUGGCAUCGCUCCCUCCGACUCCAACACCAUACGUCCUUCUCGAUCUAAAGGCCACAAUGAAUUUUCCGAACACUUUGAACUGAGCCAUGCGGUCGCUGAAAUUCAGGCCGAUAUUAUCAACUCUCUCUAUUCACCCACCCGCAAUAAGGGUGACGGACUAAUGCGCAAUGCAACUCGCGUCAUUAAAAGCAUGUCGGAAUUCCGGCGCAGCCUCCCUAAAAGGUAUCAAAACUACUUUGGGGGUACCGAAGAUUGGACGAUGGAACAGAAAACACAGCUUGUUCGAGAUAUCAAGGAAGACGAGGGCCUUACACUUCUCAAGAUCGGCAUUGCUCGCCUCUUGCUUCUUCGGGCCCUCUUCAGCUGUACUGAGUUGCACUACGAACAUCGACACAAGGCCUUGAUUGAUGCCAUCGUAACUGCCCAUAAUGUCAUCAUCUUUCAUAGCCAACUCAUACGUUUCCCCGACAUCGGUUUCUUUACUUCUCCGAUUCCUCUCCACAUUGCAGCAAUGGUUAUCCUAUAUGGACAGAUGUCCAACUGUGACCGACUGGACCGCCAAACGGCAAUCGACGAUCUCUGGCUUGCACUCGAUAUGCUUCCGCGAUUCAGGUGGCGUUGGGAGCGUAAGGACCUUAACGGUGGCCACCCUCUCAUAUUCAAGCUUGCGUCUUCUGUCAUGGGUGUUGAUCUUCAUACCGUGAAGCCGACAACGCAACCUGUGUUACUCGCAGAGCCAGACUGGGAUGAAGAUUCUGGGCUUCCUUCACCCAUGUCGUUGUCUCAGCAUACCUCUCCCGCGCCAAGUCACGCAUACCCUCCCAAACCACCCUACAGCCAUCAACGUGCGCCUGUCCACGAUUCGACGCCAACGGAUGGGGCUAGCGGAAAGCAUCUGGUCGACAUACCCACUGGGUUAUUUUAUCCGUUUUACCCUGAAGAGAAUAGCAACCCUGCUGCUCCACCGACUGGUCCAAAUACGAUAAAGGAGCCGAGUUACAACCAUAUCCUCGCUGCGGCUGCUACCCAUGGCCAACACGGGUCUUACGCCGGACAAGGGUCCUACGAUACGUAUAUUUCUGAGGAACGCAGUCCCACUCGCCACCGCAUGCACUGGGAGAAUAAUAAUAACCAUGGGACUUAUGUCAGCUCGCCGCGUUCGUGA